AUGUAUACCCGGGAAGAGACAUGGAAACAGCAGGCUGCACGUCUUUUCAAGGAAGUACCUCUAAUUGAUGGUCAUAAUGACUUCCCGUAUAUCAUCAGAGGCUGGUUGCAAAACCAGAUCAAUGGACAAGAAUCUACCAUCCAUGAUAUGCCGAUAGGACAAACGGAUAUCCUUCGCCUUCGAGCCGGGUCAGUCGGGGCUCAGUUCUGGAGUGCAUUUGUUCCCUGUCCAACACCUGAGGAGCAAGAACAAGGUUGCGUGGCUCAAUUGCACAAAACUCUUCAACAAAUUGAUCUAAUCCAUCGGCUUAUCGAGAUGAACCCAGAUACCCUCGUACUGGCCGAGUCAGCAGCCAGCAUCUUAGAUGGUUUUCACUCGGGACGCAUUGCAAGUUUGAUUGGAGUAGAAGGUUUGCAUCAGAUCGGCAAUAACAGUAUCCACGCCACUACAUUCAGGCUUGUCCCAAAGAGGGAGAAGGCUUCUGGCUAUACAGUUUGUCCGCACCCCCGCAAUGUCACAGAUGGAAAUCUCCAGCUGCUUCACCGUAACGGUGGAAUAAUCAUGGUCUGCUUCUUGAGGGAACUCACCGAUGCGAAACCUGCUUCUGGCGCCACUCUUUCCAGAGUUAUUGACCAUGUCAUUUACAUCGGUGAGAAGAUUGGAUACUCGCACGUGGGCAUCGGAUCUGAUUUUGAUGGAAUGCUCCGGGGCCCUGACGGAUUGGAGGAUGUUGCACAAUACCCAUCUCUGGUGGAAGGAAUGUUGAGUAGGGGGAUUUCCGAGACUGAUGUGAAGAAUAUAAUGGGCAGAAAUCUCAUCCGGGUGAUGGAGGAAGUAGAAAUAUUCUCUCAUCUAGCGAAGGCUGCAUCGCGAGAGUUCCUUGCUGAUGAUAUUGGUGGGAUAUGGGGUGCGGAUAUCAAGGAACAACUGCUGGAUGAACGAAAGAGAUGCAAGUCAUUAGCCAGCUAG